CUUCCCUUUCUUUCUGCCUCUUCCGCUCUCCUUCCUCCUCCUGCGCCUCUUCCUGGCUUUCGGCUGAAGAAGAGCCUCCCUUCCCGCGGAAGAGGAAGAAGGAGGAGGAGGGGAGGCCCGGGAGAAGCCCUUCCCCUUCCCUCCCGGAGGGAGGAGGCCCAGGCUCGCCUUCUCCUCCUUCUCCUUCUCUUUCGGGAGGGCAGGGAGGCGGCCUUCCCUUCCUUCCUUCCUUCCCUCCUUUCCCGGGCGCCCCUGCCCUCCUCCUCCUCCUCCGCUUCCUGGCGGCGGAUGAAGGAGGAAGAUGAACGCCCAGCAGCCGCAGCCGCAGCCUCGGAUGGCCGCCGCCAUCGGGACCGACAAGGAGCUCAGCGACCUCCUCGACUUCAGCGCGAUGUUCUCUCCGCCGGUGAACAGCGGGAAGACCAGGCCGACCACGCUGGGAAGCAGCCGCUUCGGCGGGGCAGGUAUGGAAGAACGAACAGGUGCCGUAUCUUGGGGAGCAAGUGGCCAGUCAAGUCCUGCAUACGAACCUACAAGGGAAAAUGGUAGCUUCCUUGGAAAAAGCUCAGAACUCACAACAGCUCUUGAAAAGUUGAAACAUGAGGAGGGCUUUCCGGACAGUCCUCAUUACAGUGAUCACUUGAAUGAGAGUCGAUUAGGGCCCAGUGACGGAUUGUCCCCAACCCCUUUUGCAAACUCCAAUCUGAUGGGCAAGACGUCAGAAAGAAGUCCUUUUCCAUUGUUUGGUCGAGACCCAGGACUCUCAGGCUGCCAGCCCAGUUUGCUUCGGUCAGAUAUUGGGCUUGGAAGUCCAGGGCCAGUCUCAUCCUCAGGAAAAGCUGGAACACCAUAUUACACAUUUUCAACCACAAACCCACGGCGGAGACCACUUCAUGAUUCAUCGACUCUUGAUACUCUGCAGACAAAGAAAGUAAGAAAGGUGCCCCCUGGCUUGCCUUCUUCUGUCUAUGCACCAUCCUCUAAUUCAGAUGACUUUAAUAGAGAAUCUCCAAGCUACCCAUCUCCUAAACCACCAAGCAGUAUGUUUGCUAGCACUUUCUUUUUGCAAGACGGGACCCACAGUGCUUCUGACCUUUGGAGCCCUUCCAAUGGAAUAAGCCAGCCUGGCUAUGGAGGAAUGCUGGAAAGUGCCUCCUCUCACAUAACACACUCCAGCAGUUUUGGCAGCCGACACACACACGAGCGCCUGAGCUAUCCCCCGCAUUCCGUCUCACCAACAGAUAUAAAUACCAGUCUUCCUCCAAUGUCCAGCUUUCACCGGGGCAGCACCAGUAGUUCAUCAUACGCUGCAGCCUCGCACACGCCACCCGUCAAUGGAUCGGAUAACGGCAGCAUACUGGUCAACAGAGGCACUGCCGGAAGCUCUCAGACUGGGGAUGCCCUUGGAAAGGCCCUGGCAUCUAUUUAUUCUCCUGACCACACCAGCAGCAGUUUUCCAUCGAAUCCCUCAACUCCUGUUGGAUCACCAUCACCACUCACAGGUGCCAGUCAGUGGUCAAGGACUGGAGGACAAGCCCCUUCGUCUCCAAAUUAUGAAAAUUCCCUGCACUCCUUGAAAAACCGAGUUGAGCAGCAACUUCACGAGCAUUUGCAAGAUGCUAUGUCAUUCUUAAAGGAUGUCUGUGAGCAGUCACGGAUGGAGGAUCGCUUGGACAGGCUGGACGAUGCCAUCAAUGUGCUGAGGAACCAUGCGGUUGGACCCUCCACCAGCCUGGCUGCCGCCCACGGUGACCUCCAAAGCCUACUGGGACCAUCCCAUAAUGGGCCCAUUAGCAGUUUGGGUUCCAACUAUGGAGCAGCCAGCCUUGCAGCGGCCGGUCGGCAAGCCUCACUGGUCAGUGCUCACCGAGGAGAAGACAGCCUCAGCAGCAACCAUUCAGGGUUGCCCACCGCUCUUCCUGCUCAGAAUGCAGAACGCAACCACAAGACACAAGAAGGUUACAGAGUGCUUUCGGCCGGGUUGUCAACUCCGUCGGUUGCGCUACGUCCUGCCGAGAUCAAGUCAGAGCACAAAGAAAAAGAUGAAAAUGCACAUGAGCCUGCUUCCUCAGAUGACAUGAAAUCUGAUGAUGAGUCCUCCCAAAAGGAUAUCAAGAUUUCAUCAAGAGGAAGAACCAGCAGCACUAAUGAAGAUGAGGAUCUGAACCCAGAACAGAAACUGGAGAGGGAGAGGGAGAGGCGCAUGGCCAAUAAUGCUCGUGAGCGCUUGCGGGUCCGCGAUAUUAAUGAAGCAUUCAAAGAGCUGGGCCGGAUGUGCCAGCUGCACCUGAAGAGCGAAAAACCUCAGACCAAGCUGCUGAUCCUCCACCAAGCAGUUGCCGUCAUCCUCAGCCUUGAGCAGCAAGUCAGAGAGAGGAACCUCAACCCCAAAGCAGCCUGCCUUAAGAGAAGGGAAGAAGAAAAAGUUUCUGCCGUAUCGGCAGAACCGCCAGCUCCACAUCCAGGAAGCCAUCCUGGCCUUAGUGAAACUACAAACCCUAUGGGUCAUAUGUGAACACCAGCCAGAAUUCCAGAAUGAUGGAGAGGAAACCCAGAAGAUGAAUCUUUUCUUCACUAGGACACAGACUGGAACUAGCAUUAAAUAAAGCCACAUCUGACAGGAGAAGCAAGAAGCCCCGAUGCAAUCAUACGUAUGAUGAAGGCGACUGGUCCGCACCUGCAUCAGAAGCGAUGAUGCCAGUGUCUCCUUCCAAGAGAAUUUCCGCCCCAAACAUGCCCCUCGUCUUCUCCUCCUCCUCUUGCAAGCAGCAGCCAGCCGCUCCAGCACAAUCAGAGACUCUUAGAUCUCUCCACUUGCUGUGGAAGUUGCCUUGUGCCUAAACCGAAUUGACAGACGCAUUGUAACUGCAAAUAGUUAUUUAUUUGUAAUGGAACUAAAAGGUCUGCUUAUGAAAUGUUAAACUUGUUGAAAACUAUUAGGAGUUUAGUUGCAACGCCAGCCAGCCUUCAGAAGUGCAUUCUGAAUGGAAAGCCACAACCGCCAUUGACCCUUUUUCCUCAUUCCUAACAUAUCUCUUGAGUGUCUUAAAAGAAAGUAGGGCCUGUCCUGCCCCCCCAGAAAGGUUCCUCUCUUCCUCCUCCUGCCUGACUUGGUCUCUCCUUGGCAGACUCCUUGAUAUUCAGGUGCCAGUGCCCACAUCCAGGCCUUUUCUGCUACAGCCUCUGAAAGACGAACAGUGGCAUUUUUUGGAUGGAAAAGACAUUAAGGGGUGGGGAGGUGAGCCAAAGGUCUCUUGAUUUCUCAGCAAACCCCUUCGGGCUGUUGGGGUUCUCCCACUGAAGUGUAGAAUGUGAACUGUCUGUUGGGUGUGGAAGAGCCUACUCAAAAUUGUUUAGCUUUCUAAGCAGAAAGAACACAUAAGCACAAACUGUGUUGGAAGGCAAACCAGAUGUUUCUUACUCACCUACUGUUGACAUCCGAUGAGCAGCCAGAUCCAAACUUUCUUGUGGCAGGUGUUGGGAUGAGGUAAUCUGGCCAGCCAAAUACAAAAGCAGCCAUGCCAAUAGGUCCCUAGUAAGCUCAGCUUCAUUUUCUGCUUACCUGUGAAGUGUGUGGUUGUGGGGUCCCCAUCAAGUGCAUGCCAGUUCCCUGAGAAGAGCAUCUGCUCCAGCCUUUCCUCUGUUGCUCCCUCCUGGGGGUGGCCCAACUCCUUUGAACUUCCAUUAAAACUGUCUUCCACUGUCCCAGAGAAUGGCUGGGGAGGGAGAGGCAUGGAAGGGGACAGCCAUGGCCCAGCAGCCUGCUUGACCCUGCCUUGAGUCCCCCCCCACCUCUCUUGUGUCUUGGUGGCAAUCUGCUUGCACCCACCAGAGAGGAACAGAUCAACUUAACUGUAUGAGUAAUUUCCCUGCAUUUUGAAAGAACAAAAGUGUUGCUGUUGCAACAUGGGUUUGAGAGUGUGUGUGUCUCAGAUGGUUCCUCACCAGCGGCUGUUCUGCCAGGAGACUGGCUGGACCCUUGGUGCCCAGCCUCCAGGCAAACGCCCGUGGCCUUGUCCUCCUCCCUUUCCGUGUUUCUCAGCUCAGUGGACUUCUGCUUAGGCUGAAGCAUAACUGCGCAAGCUCCCUGCCACUCCCUGGCCUUUCUCCUCGCAAGCUUGUUGUGUCCUGACUCUCUUAGGCUUUGCAGUUUGCUCAGAACCUUCCUUUCAUGAAACAGAAAGAAAGAAAGAGAGUGAGUGUGGGAGAGAAAGAGAAAACAUUUGGCUUAUUUUUCACUGUAGUUAGUCUUUUAUACAAUAAUCUUGUAAGAAAGUUUCUUGAAUUCUAAAUAUUACUCUUUCUAGAUUUUUGAAAUCAAAAAAGGUUUUCAGUAAAAAUUUUCUUACUUUAUUUUACUAUAUUAGGUAGUAAAAAUGUAGGGUUAUUUACCAUAACCUCUUCAUUAAUAUCAGAAAUUUACAAUAGCAUUGUAAAAGCAUAGUAGGGUUCUAGCAUACUGUGUAGUACCUUAUGGAGUAUUGUAAGAGCUACUUGUCCGAGAUGAAUUGCUUCUCAUCUUGUUAUCCAGUUCCCAUUGUUGGCUUAUUGCAAAUUUGUACCCUGUGUCAGAUUCCAAGAUGUUACUGAUAAACUUUUUCAACCAGCAGCAAGAGGUUCAACAUUUUUUCUGUCAAUUUAACAGAAAACACUAUGUAUAUAACAUUUAUGUAGCAAUAAAUGUGCCAUCUUUUUUAAAA